UGAAUUUACACGCCAGGGGGAGAUUCCACGACCGACAGUGCGUAGACAGGCACGGAUCAAAACAUACCACAGAAGAAAGAAUGGAACGGGUGUCAGCCAAUGACUAGGGUCCUUACUGAAAUGCCACGAAUUGUAAAUGAGCUUGUAGAUUGUGUUGUUUCGCGCUGAGAAGUGAAAAUAGAACCCGGAAGGAGCGCGAGCUGCUAACCAGCUGUUACUUAAGUAAAUUAGCGAUCACUACCGUGGUAACGUUCCCUUUCUUACACAUUGACUUUGGCAAUGGAAAACAUCAUAAUUCUAGAUGACGAUGAGGAAGAAGAAAAGUCCGAACCGUCAUCCUCCACCAACUCGCGUUCAUCUGCUGAUAAACCCAGGAGAAAUGUCCAGGCGCCCACCCCCACACACAUCACCCAGUCACCCUUUGCCUCUGCGAAAAAGAACAGAAGUGUCCUUCAGAAAGAGAAUGAGAAGUUAUUCGCGGAGUUUGUGGAACACUGUAGGCCCCACACUAUAGACUGCCCUGAGGUUUUGACCUUCCUGCAAACCAAACACGCCAAGGCCACGCCGGACUUCUUGUCUUCCGUUGAGUUCCGGAACACUCUGGGCCGCUGUCUGACCAGGGCCCAGGCCAGCGCAGCCAAGACCUUUGUCUUCAUCAAUGAACUGUGCACAGUUCUCAAGCAGCACUCGGCCAAGAGGAGGUCAACUACUCACACACUUCCUCCUGCAGAGGAGAAGGCGCAAAGGAAGACGGAGGGAGACGCAGACGGCGACGGCGGGAGUCUAGCUGAGGCGACACCGUCGACGUCUGGAGCACAAGGUGAAGGUGGAAAUGAAGACGGAGAAAAGAAGCCUAAGCGGGCUUCCAGGAGACAGAUUGCGUAUCUGGAGAACCUGUUGAAGGUGUACAACGAUGAGAUCAAGCGUCUGCAAGAGAAGGAGCUCAGUGUGGAUGACCUGGAGGAGGAGGACUCGAGCUACAUUCAAGAGCACAAACUGAAGAGAAAAAUGAUGAAAAUAUACGAUAAGCUCUGUGAGCUGAAGAGCUGUAGCUCUUUGACAGGGAGAGUCAUUGAGCAGAGGGUGUCAUACAAAGGGACUCGUUAUCCUGAAAUUAACAAGAAGAUUGAGCGUUACAUUAACAGCCCAGAGGUGCGGUUGAACCCACCCGACUACCGCGACAUCCUGCAGCUGGUGCAGCGUACCAACCAGCGCCACAACCUGUCGCUGACCCGCAGCCAGCUGUCUCAGAUCGCCCAGGAUGCCUUUCAGGAGUCGGGUAGCCGCCUGCAAGACAGACGCCACCUGGACAUGGUCUUCAACUUCGGCUCCCACCUCACGGACACCUACAAACCCAAUACAGACCCUGCCCUCACCGACCCCACCCUGGCGCGUAAGCUGCGGAGCAAUCGGGAGGUGGCACUCUCCAGCCUGGAGGAAGUGAUCACCAAAUAUGCCAUGAAGCAGGGCGACACAGAGGAGGAGGAGAGGCAGAAGCGCCAGAAAGCUAAUCAGAAGAAAGAACAGGAUUCAGGCAAAGUGGAUGAGGAGGAAAAAGGGGAGGGGAGUGGCGGUGAAGAGGAGGAGGAGGAAGAGGAAGACGAAGAAGAUGACGUGUCAUCAGACCCAGACAUUGAAGAAGAGAUUCAGGCCAGUCAUUCUCAAGAGGGUGAUGAGGAAGACGAGGAGAAUGAUGAGCCUACGAAUGCCAGUGAAGGUGAAAACCAAGGGAGUGAGGACUUGCCUUCAGUAAAAUCCUCUGCUCUGGAAGAGGAGGAGGAUGAGGAGGGAGGGGAGGAAGAAGGUACCAGCGAAAAUGACCAGCAGUCAGUGAGCAGCAGCCACAGAGAACCGUCCACAGAUGCCUCCCCGCCAGAACAACCUACGACAGAAAACGCCUCCCCUUCAGACAGUCCUAGCCAGUCGGAGCCUGUCAAAACAAUUCUCCCCAUGGACAAUCAAUGGCAAAGCCCCAUUUCCCCCUCUCAGCCAAUCACAACAAACUUGGACUCUCUGCCCCCAUCGCCGGUGGUGGUGUCCACCAAUGAGGACUUGUUGUUGACUCCCUGCGAUACAAAGUCGAUCAAUGGCCGCUCCUCUCCCCCGAGUCCAGUAGGUUCCGACUCUGCUUGGAACUCAAGAAAGAGGAGGAGAAGUGUUGAAAUUGUCCCACAGAAAACCAGCAGCAAGCGGCAGAAAGCCAACAGCAUGAGUGGCAGUGAGAGCGACAUCCCUCUGGAUAUGGGCGUGGCCAGCAGUCCAUUGCAGGCAGACUCCACCCGAGCAGACUCGCCCACCCAGGAAAUUGUCAGCAGUUCCCAGAUGACACCGCCUACAAAAUCAAAUAAGGUUGAUGCAACAACUCAGUGUGACCCGGAAGAGGUCAUUGUACUGUCAGAUUCAGAUUGAUGAUCACCCUGCUUGGUGUCACGUGAUGCAGGCAAAGAGGUGUUCCUUGCUAAAGGGAUCCCUCAUCCUUCUCUCACAGCACUCUACACCUCGCCCAUUGGAAAAGAUUUGCCAGAGGAACUGCCACUCCUCACAUGUAGAUCUGACGCACCUGUGCAGGCCUUACCUGGGGGCGCCCACCACCUUUUCGGGGAAAGAAACGUUUACAACUCACCUGCUGCUGGACUUGACUUGACUUGGCUGGGCUGGGCUGGGCUGGCCUUGGCUCAGAGCAGGAUUGUGCUGAUGUAAUUCAGGUUGUACUCUAAUGUUUUAGCUGUAUUUGUUUUUUUUGUUGGGUUUUUUUUUAGUUUUUUUCAUUAAAUUAAUGAACUUGUAUGAGUGCACAUCCUCUGGAGGCCUCUUCCUCCAGUCAUGGUGCUUCUCCUUCAUGCUUCAAUAAAUGACAACAUCUUUUGUUGCACAACUGAGGGAGUGUAUGUCUGGAGGUCCAUGUGUAGUGUCCAGCAAUCAUCUUACAUGAGGACAAAAUGUCCACAGUAUUGAAUUUUCACUGUUAGUUUUGUUUUCCUAUUGUACAAGCAUAACUGAAUAUGUGGUCACAUAGCUCAGGGGUGUCAUGCAUACAUUUUUGCCUGACAAACUAUGUGGAAUGCAAUGUAUGUGACACUGUACAUUGUUAAGUAUUUGUCAUGGGAGAUAGUGACUGCUUGUAGUUUUUCUUGGGGUCUUUUAACAUUUGUUUUGUACACUGUGGGGCUGUACCCUCAGAGGGUGUACAGAUUUAGGAUGUACAAACAAGAGUGAGAACCCUAAACAAACAACCAUAUGAAGUAUGGCAAUGCUCUUACCAUUUAUCCUUGUUUGAAAGCAUAGACUUUUAACGGACAUGUACCUAACAUGAGCCGUUCCAAGGAAUGGAACGAUACAUCAUUAAACUGCAUUUGGUGUGCCCGGAGCUCGUUAUCAAAGGGGAGCCUGACAUGAAAUGUUUGGGAACCACUGGCUUAGUAGGAGAAAGGAGGUGUUUAAACAGUAUGGGUAUAUUAUCAAACCAUCUCCACCUUUUUUACAUCCCUCGUUAUUUCAUCCCAGAAGUGUUUUCCAGGAUGGGUGAAUUAAUCUUGACUUGCCUUGUCUGUAUUUAUUGAAGUCCAUUCCAUUAUAUCCUGCAAGUUAUCCUGGGGUAUGUAGUCUUUUUUAAAAAAAGUGGCAAGGCCAUGUUUGGUUCCACAAUUAAAGGUGGUAUUGGACGUACAGUCUUUAAGAGAUUGAUAAAGGAAAUAAACACAGAACAUACUAAAACACUUAUUCAUUGUGACCUUGUGAAAAUGUUCACAUAUGCCUUCAUGCUUGAUAAAAACAGGGUUUUUACAAUGUCUAAACAUUUUACUGUCUCCCAUCCAAUCACACUGUUUGAAAAUCUAGCCCAGUUAUGUCUUUUCCUUUUAAAAGGCAGCACAGCUUGUAGCUUUUUUAACCCAGACAUUCUAAUUGCCAUCAAUGUGAAGAUUGUUUGAUCAAAUUGUUUUUAUAGCUUAGAAAAGGGUAGUGGUUGACGUGAUGUGAUGAGUAAUGACAUGAUGAGUACUCACAAUGAGUGCAGCUGAGGCAAGAGCUGAAGACGAGACUGUUUGCACAAUUUGAUUUGCAUAUGCCACUCUAAUGGUAAACUUUGUUUACUACUGAUGAACUUUUUCAUUUUGCUUUUUUUUGUUGUAAGUCCAUCUCUAGUUGAGUAGUUUGUGUUUUCUUUUAGAUUUUAGAUACGUUUUUUAAAAAUCUGAUUUCCAAUAAAACAAUCUUUUUACA